UUUUUUCCGUUUCCCGUGACUUACAUUGACAACAUCUCGCUUGAGAUAAGCUAGUGUGCUCGCUGUGCUUAUGUGAGGGCCAAGCAGCGUUUCCUAGCCAGCGAUAAUUUUAUUAUUGCUUUUCUUUCAUCGCUCACAGAGGAAAACAUGUCAGAUACGGAGACAAAACCAACGAGUCAAGACUGUGGGGACAAGAAGGAUGGAGAGUACAUCAAAUUGAAGGUGAUCGGUCAGGACAGCAGUGAAAUCCAUUUUAAAGUGAAGAUGACAACACAUCUGAAAAAGCUGAAGGACUCUUACAGCCAGAGACAGGGCGUCCCAGCAAGUACACUCAGGUUUCUGUUUGAAGGACAGCGAAUCGCAGAUAAUCAAACUCCAAAAGAGUUGGGCAUGGAAGAUGAGGACGUCAUUGAGGUAUAUCAAGAACAGACGGGCGGACUUUGGAAUCAUUAAACCUCUAUUUGUAUUUUUUAUUUUAUUUUGUAUUUAGUUUUUUUUUUUUUAUGAAUGCAUUUUCACUUCACUUUCAAACCAUCUGGAUCAAUACUAUCUGGGCUUCCAUGCAUCGGGACAGAAAGGUGUGGAUGAGGAUCGGGGCUGUCAUGUCAUUGCGCAAGUUUGCGUGGGUGUCUUUGUUGUUUUAUGUCCCUCAAGGAUGCAUCAUGUCGCAUACACAGCAACAGCACCAGGAUGUAAACAUUGCAGCAUGUCAUCAAGUGACAUACAAUUUUUUAUGUACUUUCAUUUUGAGCAUUGCAUUUCCCUUGUACAGAAUUUUAAAGUCCCACUGUUUGUUUUUGAGAAAAGUGAUGCAUUAGUUUGUCUGCAUUUCUCAGUUUCUGGUUAAAUGAAUUUAGGGGUUUUUGUAUUGAUAUAAUUGCAACACUGUUGGGCUUCUUUUUUUUUAUAUAUAUAAAAAUAUGUGCUUGUACAUGUGUUGGUUUUGGUGUUUGAUAAAGCCAUGAUUAUCUCUUG